GGCGACGGGCAUGGCUUCGGCGGGCAGCGGCAUGGAGGAGGUGCGCGUGUCGGUGCUCACCCCGCUGAAGCUGGUCGGGCUGGUGUGCAUCUUCCUGGCUCUGUGUCUGGACCUGGGCGCUGUGCUGAGCCCGGCCUGGGUCACGGCUGACCACCAGUACUACCUGUCCCUGUGGGAGUCCUGCCGGAAGCCUGCCAGCCUGGACAUCUGGCACUGCGAGUCCACGCUCAGCAGCGAUUGGCAGAUUGCUACUCUGGCUUUACUCCUGGGCGGUGCUGCCAUCAUUCUUAUUGCAUUCCUGGUGGGUUUGAUUUCGAUCUGCGUGGGCUCUCGAAGGCGCUUCUACAGACCUGUGGCUGUCAUGCUUUUUGCAGCAGUUGUUUUGCAGGUUUGCAGCCUGGUCCUCUACCCCAUCAAGUUCAUUGAAACUGUGAGCUUGAAAAUUUACCAUGAGUUCAAUUGGGGUUAUGGCCUAGCCUGGGGUUCAACUAUAUUUUCGUUUGGGGGUGCCAUCCUUUAUUGUCUCAACCCUAAGAACUACGAAGACUACUACUAGAACCAACAGUGUCGAAUUGAAAACAAACAAACAAAAACCCAACCAUCCAGCCAUCUAACAAAAGGAUUACGUCUGCGUCUUUUCUAACUCAGUAUUUUCUAAAACACUUGUGGAGCUUCAAGCAGUUUGCUCAGUUUGAUUUACUAUCUUUUGCCUUCGGCUGUCAACAUCAUAACCAGCUUUUACAUCCAUUUUAGGAACCUGCGCAAAUUAAGAGAGCUGAUUAGACAUAGGCAAGUGCUGAAAAUUUCCAAUAUGUUCAUGUCAUUUUUCUUGACAAGUAAAGGGUCUAUAUGACAGCAACCAUUGUGAGAAGCUAGUUGGAAUGAGAAAUGCCUGAAUAUCCUAUUGCCUGCAGGGGAGCAGCUGGCAUAAGCAACAUUUACAAGUUUCUUGUGCUGACAAGGAUUCCACUGUUAGUCUUCAUUGCCUACUUAUCCUACCCAGUGACUAUUUAGAUCUUUGGUUAUUUGCCUGAGUGAGCUCCUGGAAUGUCAACUGCCCUUCAGUCAUCUAACGGGAGUUAUGAACUUAGCUGUUAAUGGUAUAUAUCCCGCCUUCAAGAACACCCGUUUUACUGGGAACUGAUGCUUUGGCAGUCUGCAUCUCCCUGGAAAGAGAGUUAAGACUUUUCAUUAGGUAUGGUGAGAAAUGGUACCUCAAUCAAGUCUAGAACGGGGGGGAAAUUGAGUGGCUCUGCUUUCCCUGGGCAACAAGAAAGAAGUAUGCAUGAGUUGCUUCUGUCCAAAGUACCCUUUCAUUCAUCUACCAAACACUGCAGCAAACACUUGUGCAUAUGUAAUGAGCUUAACUAUUUUUAUAGAAGGUCAACCAUUAGCAGAAAUGGUACAAGUUCUUCCCUAGCCCUCUCAUACUUCCCGCUCACACAUAAAACUGAUAUUUGCUAUAGUGACGUUGUUUGAACACUAACCUUGUACACGUUGUUAAGACGUUUAGAUUGGUAUUCACCCUUAUUUACCAUGCAAAGUACAUAAACCUUAAAGCUUAUGAUCAGUGUUCUCUACUCAAUAGACUGUCAUAAAAAGAAAAAUGGAAAUGUUAGUCUGAAAAUUAAUGAUUCUUUGGUAAGCACUGUAGUUCAAAAGAGACUAGCAAUUAGAACGAUCAUUUUGUUUAAAAUUCACUAAAAUAGAAAGCUAUUUUUUUCAAGUAUUUUAUGUCAUUUAAAAAAGAGAGAGAAUAGCAAUAGAUUUGUAUAAAUGUCUCAGUAGAAGUAUAGAAUGUGUCUGAGUAUCACCUAGUCCUCUGAAGUUAACUGUUGGGCUGACUGAUCUGUGCACACAAUUAUGAUGCAUUUAGAUGAGGGGAAUCUUGUUGACUAUUCAAAUGGAAGGAAUUGUCAAAAUAAUAGGGAAUACGUUUGCAACUAAGGUCACACUGCAAACUUGUGAUAAUUGUUUCAUAUUGCAAAAUUUGAAUAGUUUAAUUAUAAACCUAUUUUUAUAUCUACUAUACAGUUCUAAUAUAAAGGUUAUAAAUAGUUAUUUUUCUUAACAAAGACACUAAAACAGUAUGUCCUGGUUUUGGCCCUUUUGCAGAAAGAAGCACUGGAGAAAUCAUUUAAAUGCACCUAUGUGUGCUACUAUAUUGCAAACUCCAUUAAGAGCAGGAUGGCAUCAACAGUCUUUAAUUAUUUGCUUUAUCUCCCAAGGCAGAGUCUGCUUUCAGCUUGUCUUAAGAACUGUUGCCAAAAACAAAACAAAACAAAACAAAAAAUUAGAACAUUUUAUUUUAUUACUUAAAUGCUUAAGAAAAACUUAUCUCUUGACUUUUCUAUAGAAUCACAAAGUAAAUACGAAAUACCAGGCUUAUUCUUAUUUGACAGUGGUAAGUGAAAGUGAUUAAAUGCAUCGGAGAGAGAAAUCUUUGUAGAAGUGUAUGAUUACUAUAAUCAUAAGAAAGUAUGAGUGGAAAUUUUCCAGAAAGAUAUUAGUAUGAUAGAAUCUUUUUGAAGCAAUUUUCUUGAGAAAUCGUAAAAUCUGGGGCAGACUGUCUUGCAGUUAAUUUCAUAUUAUCAGAGCAACAUGAGAAAUACAAUAUUUGGAUAGGCGUUUUGGCUACUAAACACCCUCUGUUGUGAGAGGAUCACUUUCUUUCUAAGUAAUGGAAGAACAGUAUUUCGGUGCUGGCAUCGAUGGGGCACUUUUCUUAGUCCUAGGAGAGGAUGCAAUGUGCUGUUAGAACAAUAUCACAUCUUGAGACUUACCAAGUGUUCAUUCUCUGCCAAUGUGACAAGCUGGGAAGUGACAGAAUAUGUGAUAGAUUAAGACACACAUAUCUACAACUUACUGAAGAGCAAAUUUUUGUGUGUAACUUCCCCCCUCCCCCACUUUUCCCUACUAUGUUUCUGUCUCUACUAAUAUCUGGAAGUAUUUCAUUACUAACAAGCUUAGUUCAAUAUAAAAAUUGUUGCCUAUCUGGUUUGUCUAUCAGAAUAAACAGAAGUGUAUUCACCUACAUUAAUAUUAUAUCUUUGCAGCUUUAGGGUAUCUGAUGUUUUCCUAUAAACAAGAUUGUUAACCUCGAGCCCAUGGUUUAUCAUAUAUGUGUGCAUAGUAUUGAUGUAUGUCACAUACAUGUGUGAUGUACAUAUAUGUUACAUACACAUCCACACAGCAUAAAGUACACAGCAGGGCUAGUCAUUGGGAUUUCUUGCACAACUAUUUAGCUUUUUGUAAGUUCAACGUGUAAAUUUUAAAGACAUAAAUAUAGAGAGACCUAUGUGUUUGAAAUAUAAAUGAAAUAUAUGGAUUAGCAUGUACCUGUAUAUUAUUAAACAUGCAAUGAACUGACUGGUAAGUGAUGUCUAAUCAUAUGGCUAGCAAUGUAAUUUAUUCAGACUGUAUUUUUGUACAGAGCAGCACACACUAACCUAAGCCUUUGUGUCCUCUUUAAUGCCUAAAACUGUGCCUAGAAAUUUCAUCUGUCUUAAAUAAAAUAUACGUCAUACUGUUUAUGCUAUUACUUUCACUACUGCUGUUCUAUAUUUAUUAUUUUUAAAUAUAUGACAUGUUUACUACUUAAAUAUGAAUUCAUGAUAUCGUGGUUAUUCUUUUUUUUUUUUUAACAGUCAUCUGGGGGAAACCUGGUUUACCACUCCAGUGGUUUUGAGUUUGCAGCUUCACAAUCAAUUCUUCAUUUUAUGAUUUUUGUAGCUGACAUGAAGUUAUCUAUGUGGAAAAAUUAAAAAUAAAAGUGGUUUCACUGAA